AUGCAGGAACACAAGAGCAUGGAGGAAUCCAAGCUACGAGCAUCAGGGGUGUCGAGUUGUAUUGCCCUGAACCGAUGUCCACACCGGCAGGAUGCCCCUAAGACCGAUGACCACUCCGGCAGGAAGAAUACCCCUAAGACCGAUGACCACUCCGGCAGGAAGAAUACCCCUAAGACCGAUGACCACUCCGGCAGGAAGAAUACCCCUAAGACCGAUGACCACUCCGGCAGGAAGAAUACCCCUAAGACCGAUGACCACUCCGGCAGGAAGAAUACCCCUAAGACCGAUGACCACUCCGGCAGGAAGAAUACCCUGACAAUCCGAUGUCCAUACCGGCAGGAUGCCCCUAAGACCGAUGACCACUCCGGCAGGAAGAAUACCCUGAAAAUCCGAUGUCCAUACCGGCAGGAUGCCCCUAAGACCGAUGUCCACUCCGGCAGGAGACCCGUCGAGCUUGCACGCUCAAAGGCCGAGGAGACCCUGUCAUCCAGCUGGUCUGACUGA